GGCUGGGAGGCGGCGCCGCCAGCCUGCAACGCCAACCCCGACCUCGACCAACCCGGCACCGCAGGAGGUGGAGGCGGAGUCCAUGAUGCUGGUCUCCGGGCCGCGCGUCGCCGUCUCCGGGCUGAGGCGAGCCGACUGCCGCGCAGUGCCUGCUCUCAUGAAGAUGAAUGUGUCCUGUUCGUCAAUGCCGGUGGGUAUAUCUGGAAAAAACUGCAAAGGAAGCAGAAGACAAUGUGCACCGGAGAGAGAUGCACAAUAUUCAAUACUCUUAUGUCCCGCACAAUGCACCGCACAAGGUCCCUGCUCCCUUCCCUGCUACAGUGAGGAGACGAGAGAGGAGAUUGCUGGAUCUGGAAAUGGAGGUCAGCACCACCUACAGGACAAGAGCGGCGCUCCUCUCCGACUCUUCAAGGUCUCUCAUGCUCUGCUCUUGCUCUGGCUGAAUUAGAAGGUUAGGUGUGACAAAAAACUGAAACUUUAUCUCCUAAUAUCCCUGCAUUUUUGCAAAAUCAAAUUUGUGUCAGCUAUGUGACCAAUGAUCAUACACUUGUUUCAAAUAAUCAUACACUUAUCAAUUUCCACGGACAGGUUAAUGGUGUAUACCUGCUUCUGAGCUGCCGUGCAAAGACUCUGUUAUCUCUUGAAUUUAUCCACUGCCAACUUUAUCCUGCAGUCAUGGAUAAACUUUGCAUUAGUCUUUGCCAGCCAGGUUCCCAAAACUACAAGUUUCAGUCCUUUUAUUCUGCCUUGGUCAUAAUGUUAAUUUUUCUGCCAUAUGUUAAAUUUUUUGUCAUAUGUAGGCCAUCAGAUAACUUGUGUAUGUUCAUCUAGCUGCAAAAGAAACUUAUGACUUGUGUCGUCGGUAAAAAAAAUAGUAGACCAGUUUACAGUUGAAAGGACCAGACACUGCCAUUUGCUUAUUGUGUUAUACUCCCAAUGAAUCUUAAUUAUUUCUGAUAUGUUUCAG